AAAAAAUUAUACACCAUUGGGUUAUGUAUAUUAUUUGUAAUAAAAAGUGAAAAAUUAAAAUAAGAGGAACUAAGUAUGAACGAGCGAUUCCAAACGAGACGGUGAAGGCAGGGACAAAAUAUUAGGAAUACAAAAUCAAUUUCCAAUUUUAUACUUACAUUCCUAAUUUCCUAGCAUUUUACCCCAUCACCUAUAGCUUUCCCGCAAAAACUGCCCCCAUCUCUCUCUCUAUCUUUCUCUCUCUAGAUGGAAUGAAUGUAGAUGAUGAUUGCAGAAACCUCAAGCCGACGCUCAGAUCUAAGCAGGCUUCUUUAUUUCAUCUUCAGACAUUUGUGUGAUAAUUUAUUGUGUUGAUUCUGGAGGCUGUACAACCUGUCAUAGUCUGUGCUUCUCCGGCUCGUUUCCACUAAAAGUUUUGUGGGAAAAUGGUCAUGCUAAUUUGGUUCUCAUGAAAAUUUGGAAUUUUUGUUGUGGUAAAGAAAAUUUUCACAAAUAUUAUGGGUGUGAGCUACCUAUCAAUCUCUGCAGUGUGCACAGCAUUGAGUUUUGUUGGCCUUCAAUGUUGGACGGAACUUUCACUUGAGAAACUAAUAUCAGAUGGAUUAAUUGGUGGGAUUUCUAAUUAUAUUCAGAACGCUGAUCAUGCCUUAGAGUUGCUUCUGGGUUCUUAUACCACAAUUGCUUUGUUGGCCAAUUGUGCACUCAAUGUAUUUAUUCUGCUCAUUCUAUGCCUUAAGACUAUAUUCUUCGUGGAGUUGUAUCCAUCUGAAAGUCGAAAACUGGUGGAACGUCUUAUUAAUUAUGUUCUUUACAAGGGGACGUUUCUUCCAUUGGUUGUCCCGCCAACAAUAUCUCAAGUGGGCUUAUGGACAACAUGGUUGAUUGUUGUUUGUUCCUUAAAGAUGUUUCAAGCUUUGGGUAGAGAUCGACUUGAACGUUUGAACGCAUCUCCCACUGCAACUUCUUGGACAUAUUUUCGUGUAUAUUCUGUUCUAUUGUUCGUCAUAUGUAUCGACUUGCUCUGGAUAAGGCUGUGUCUGGGGAUCUCUAGAACAUUAGUUUCAUCUAUGUUCAUUUUGUUAUUCUUUGAGCCUCUCAGUAUUUCUUUUGAGACCUUACAGGCUAUCUUGGUACAUGGAUUUCAGUUGCUCGAUAUAUGGCUUCAUCACUCAGCAGAAAACAACACAAAUUGCCAAGGAUCUAAACUUGUUGAUAUGUCAGCAGCAGGUUCAUUGUCGGAAUGGAAAGGCAUUCUUAUAAGGAAUUUGGGGUUUUUCCUAGACCUGAUGACGUUGUUAAUGGCACUUGGUCAUUACGUGCAUAUUUGGUGGCUUCAUGGCAUGGCAUUCCAUCUUGUGGAUGCAGUCUUUUUCCUAAACAUACGUGCUUUGUUAAGUGCAAUUGUUAAGCGUAUUAGAGGAUAUAUUAAAUUGAGGAUAGCUUUAGGAACUCUUCAUGGUGCACUUCCUGAUGCGAAAUCUGAAGAGCUACAGGCAUUUGAUGAUGAAUGUGCUAUCUGUAGGGAACCAAUGGCCAAGGCUAAGAAGCUAGCUUGUAAUCAUCUUUUCCACCUGGCUUGCUUGAGGUCUUGGUUGGAUCAAGGUUUAAGUGAGAAUUAUUCUUGCCCCACUUGUCGAAAGCCACUUUUUGUGGGCAGACCACCUGUAGAAGAAACAAACCCCCGUACCACAGAAGUUUCAACUGAUGAGCAACUUGCUCGCCAAAUUAGUGCUCGACUUGAUUGGCAGAGUCCUGCUGCCCAUAGCUUGCCAGGCGUGUUCCCUAACCAGACACAGAAUCCUUUUGAAAGUGGUGGUUGGAGGGGGGCAGGACUGGAUCCGAGCUGGUUGAAUACUUGGGCUGGCCAGGGUGUUGAUGGAGCCGGUCCAUCUACUGCUAUCGGAUCAGUUGGAUUAGGGAGAGUUCAGAUGAUGAUGAGGCAUCUUGCAGCUGUAGGAGAAACCUAUGCCCCGACUUCCCUUGAAGAUGCUGCUUGGAACAUUUGGCCAAUGAAUCCUUCUCAGGCUGGGACAUCAUCCAGUCCACCAAUUCCUCCUCCUGAUUCUGCAAGAAAUCCCCAAAAUGCGGGUGGUUUACGUAUGAGAACUACCUCUCUUUCUGCCAAUGAUAACAUAGAAAACUUACUUGCCAUGUCCGAGACGGUGCGAGAGGUGCUUCCCCACAUUCCCGAUGAAUUAAUUUUACAGGAUUUGCAGCGAACAAAUUCUGUUACUGUUACUGUGAAUAAUCUUCUUCAAAUGUGAGACUCGGUAAUGUUAUCUUUUCUUUCUAACGUUGAGAAUUUUGAGGCUGAUCCAAGCAUUUUGAAGGUCAGGAGACACACCGGAGGUCCUUGUAUAAUCAAUGUGCAGUUUGUUCUCUUUACCGUGCUAUGCUUAAUAUUCAUAAGCUUCAUUCUCUGUACAUAAAGGCGGCUUACUAAUCCAGCUGUAGUGAAUGAAGAGACGUGUGCAAUUAUAUCAUAUUUUAGGGAAAAAAAUAAGUAUGCAAGUCUGCUAUAUGCAUAAAUGUACAAGUUGGUCUCUCUACUUAUUUUUGCUUUUAUCCUAGCAAGGUCAGCAUGAUUCAAAGAUGAAUUAUAAUGCGGACUAAGGCUCGGAUAUGUGUGUAAAUUAUUGAUAAAAAGGUGUGAAAUAUCUUUGAUGAUAAUGGGAAUGAGUUCUGUUUUUGGUUAAA